UGUCAAUGGAAUAUUGCUCGUGAUCUCCUAUCCCAGAAUUAUUGUAUUUUCGUGAAAAACUUGCAAAUACUUAAUUCAUGCUUAUUUUAAAUACAUUAACUAUUUUAAUUCAAGUAGUGUUUGCAGUGUUUAUGUCCUUUGUAUCUAUGAACAUAUUAAGAUAUUUUACAAGCUUCAGAACAAUGACCGCCUUAGCUCCAGCAAUUUUCGUGAAUCACGGUGGUGGUCCGAUGCCACUCCUUGGAGACAAAGACCACGAAGGUUUGACUAUAUUUUUGCGAGACGAAAUUAAGAAGCAUUUAGAUUUAAAACAGUUAAAGGGUAUAAUAUUAGUUACGGCGCAUUGGGAAGAAAGCAAAGUGACUAUAUCAUCUGCUAAACAUCACGAUUUGUAUUUCGAUUACUACGGAUUUCCUCCCGAGUCGUAUAAAUAUAAGUACGACGCUCCUGGAAAUCCAGAACUGGCUGGUAAAUUGAAAAAAACAUUAGAGAAUGCCGGUAUAGAGUCUAAACUAGAUCCGAAAAGAGGUUGGGACCAUGGAGUAUUCGUUCCAAUGAUGUUGAUCAAUCCAGCAGCAGAUAUACCUAUAAUCCAAGUCUCUGUUCUAAGUAAUCAAGACCCUGAAGAGCAUUACAAACUCGGGAAAGCUUUAUAUGAAUUUCGGAAAGAGGGAAUUGCAAUUAUAGGUUCAGGUAUGUCAUAUCAUAAUAUGCGCGAAUUUAGAAACAGUCGAAAUAAGAAACAAGUAAUUAAUAAGGAUUUUGAUGACUUUUUGAACGAGGUUUGUACAGCUGAGAGUGAAGACAAAAGGAGGACUGGGCUUAUAUCUUGGAGAUCACAACCAGGAGCUGAUGAGGCUCAUCCACCUAGAGCGGCUGAGCAUUUUAUGCCGUUAAUAGUUAUAGCUGGUGCAGGAGGCUCUGCGGCUGGCCAAAGGAUUUUUAACUGGGAUAUGAGCGGUACUUUUCGUUUGAGUGGUUUCAUCUGGAAGGGAUUGUAACGAGACUACUAGUUGUUGGUUUCUGAGACCAUUAUCUCUGUAUAAUGACAAGGAUGAUGAUAUAUUUUGU